AGUAGUUGUAAUACAAAAGAAAAGUAUUUUUAGCGCAAAAACUAGGGCACAGAAAGAGAGAGCAACACUCUCACUAUUCAAAUCCAAAUUGUCGAAAGAAGUUGAAGAGAUUCCUUAGCCAUUGAAGAUGGCGAGAAUUUCUGUGCUGCGUUACUCUUGCAAUGGUUUCUCAUGCUUUGCUAUUUCACGUUCUGGUUCGGCAAUUACAAUCAGAUAUUAUUCUUCUUCUCAGAGCAACACAUCUAUUUCUUCGGCAAAGGAUAAAUUUGAGAAUGUCAAGUGCUUAGAUGAUGCUGUCAGUCUUUUCCGUCGAAUGGUCAGAACUCAGCCUCUUCCCUCUGUUUUUAGCUUCUCGAAAUUAUUGAAGACUAUGGUAAAUAUGAAGCAUUACUCUGCUGUUGUUUCCCUUUUUCGACAAAUGCUGAAAUUAGGCAUCCCAAUUAGUGAUUCCAUCUUGAAUAUAGCCAUUAACAGUUAUUGCCUAAUGCAUUGUUCUGAUUGCGGAAUUUCAGUGUUGGCCAUUUACUUGAAGAGUGGCAUUCCAUUUGAUGUUAUUACCUUUAGCACCUUAUUAAGGGGACUCUUUGCAGAAAAUAAGAUAAAAGAUGCGGUUAACUUGUUCAAAAAGUUGGUGAGAGAGAAUAUUUGUGAGCCUAAUGAAGUCAUGUAUUUGACAGUCAUGAAUGGGCUCAGCAAAAUGGGACAUAUUCAAAAAACUUUUGAUUUGCUUAGGGUAAUGGAACAAGGAAGCAUUAAGCCGGAUACACCUAUCUACAACAUUGUUAUACAUGCCCUAUGCAAAGAUAGAAUGAUAGAUGCUGCUAUUAGCCUGUUGAACGAGAUGAAACAAAACGGCAUUCCUCCAGACAUUGUCACAUAUAAUUCAUUGAUUGAUGGUCUCUGUAAGUUUGGGCAGUGGGAAAAGGUUAGGAAUUUGUUCUUAGAAAUGGUAAAUCUGAAUAUUUAUCCAGAUGUCUUCACCUUCAACAUAGUUAUAGAUGGACUAUGCAAAGAAGGGAAAGUUGAAGAUGCUGAGGAGGUAGUGAGACACAUGAUUGGAAAAGGUGUAGAGCCAAAUGUGGUCACCUACAGUGUAAUAGUUGAUGGAUAUUGCUUACGCGGUCAAAUGGAUAGAGCAAGGAGAAUUUUUGAUUCCAUGAUUGAUAAGAGCAUUGAGCCUAACAUUUUUAGCUAUAACAUAUUAAUAAAUGGAUAUUGUAAGAAAAAGAAAUUGGAUGAGGCCAUGCAUUUGUUUCAUGAUAUUUCUCGAAAUGGAUUGAAACCUUGCAUUGUUACCUACAAUACUAUCUUGCAAUGUCUAUUUGAAGUUGGAAGAACUGACAUUGUGCAAAAAUUCUUUGCUGAUAUGCUUUCUACGGGGCUCAGACCUGAUUUAUGCACUAAUCGCAUUUUGCUCCGUGGUUAUUUUCAUAAUGGACUUGUCGAGAAAGCUAUGUUGCUAUUUCAUGAGUUGGAAAAAGAGAGAGAAGAUAUUGAUAUUGAAUUUUACACUGUUAUUAUUGACGGAUUGUGCAAAAAUGGUCAGUUCGACAAAGCUUAUGCUAUUUUUGAGAAGCUUUCUUUGAUUGGAUUGUUUCCCAAUGUGAUUACAUACACUACAAUAAUAAAUGGACUAUGUCUAAAAGGGUUGUUAGAUGAAGCUAAAGAUAUGCUAAGAAAAAUGGAGCACAAUGGUUGUUUGCCAAACAAUUGCACUUACAAUGUUAUUGUGCAAGGAUAUCUCAAGUGUGGCAAAAUUAGUGAAAUGAACACUUUUUUGAAGGAAAUGAGUGGAAGGGACUUCUCAUUUGAUGCAGCUACUGUAGAGUUACUAAUAGACGUUUUAGCAAAGGAUCCUUCUUUGCUUAACAUGAUACCACAAUUUCAUUCGGGAAGUUAGAAGUGAAUAUUUAUUUCACUUGUUAUCAACAACAACAGCAACAACAACUACCCAGUAAAAUCCCACAUAGUGGGAUCUGGGGAGGGUAAUGUGUACGCAGACCUUACCCUUGCCCCGAUAGGGGCAGAGAGGCUGUUUCCGAUAGACCCUCGGCUUAUUUCACUUGUUAUCAAUAUGAUGUAAUUUCCUUUUACCUUGGCCAAGGAAAUCGCAUCCAAUGGAAUGGCAGAAGGUUAAUGUAUGACAAUUAGAACAUUGCUUAAGCUUUUCAAGCUAGCUUUUUUAAGAGAGUUGUACCAGCAAUUACAAGAGUUUCCUACAACAACUGGCGCAACAUGAAGAACUUUGCUUGUCUGAAUAUAAAACAAUCAGGAUUGGCGAGUCUCACAUUCUUCUCAAGUGUAGAAAUUGAAGGAGAAGUCUUUCAUGGGGAUACUGCAAAGUCCAAGAAACAAGCAGAAGAAAUGCCACCAAGGUUGCUUAUAUAGCUUUAACAAAACACAACCGUUUCCCUCGGACUUGGAAGAUGGAAUCUCCAAAACUGAACCUUACAUGGAAACUAAAUCUCCAAAACAGUUCAUUGGUGCUAAAAAGGUUACUGCAUCUUUUGAGAAGUCACCUUCUUCAGUGGUACCAUUGUGGAAUUUGAUAUCAUGCUGCGAAUAGUGAACUUUGUAUUUGGAAUGUACCUUCAUCUUCUUUUUUUCCUGAAAAUAUCUCAUGUGGACAGAGUAGUAAAAUUCCGUUCAAGUUAACUGUAAUUUCUCAUGUUCAUAAUUGAUAUUUCUUGAGGUCAGAUCUGAUAUAUAUAUUGAGUGCAUAUGC